ACACCUAUAAUUGUCACGUAUUGUUUGCUCUGUGUGCACUUGAGAAGUGUAUAACCGUGUUUGUAUUAUUCACCAAAUUUGUUUUUUUAGUCGGUGCAUACUGUUAUUUCAUGUCUGAUAACUUAACAUUUGAUGGUUUCCUGCAGGCUUACUGACUUUAGUGGGAAAGUAGGAUGUCAAACAACAUGGCCAAGAUCGCAGAUGCUCGAAAGAUGGUAGAACAACUGAAACUGGAAGUCAACAUAGAGAGGAUGAUGAUAUCCAAAGCAGCAGCUGAGCUGAUGGCCUACUGUGAAGCUCAUGCCAAAGAGGACCCCCUGGUGACACCAGUACCUUCUUCUGAGAACCCGUUUCGAGAGAAAAAAUUAUUCUGUGUAAUACUAUAACCCCCACAUGUACAAGACAAAUGUCUACGCAUUAACACUUUACAUUUGCUAUUUUAAGGCAUGAAUUUCAUUUCAGUUUUUUUGAGAAACCUGAGAAAUUAUCAUCAUUUGGACAUGAUAAUGACGGCAAUAAAAAAUUUUCAAAAGUGGGUGCAAAGUUCAUUUGAACAGGCCAGCACUGCUG